UAUCUGUCCUGCGUAACGUUUUGACCGUAAAGGGUGACGUUUUAAGCUUCUCCACGCCGGUAGCUCACUUUCUCCUGUUUAAUCGGAUUGCAGCAUCGAUUGGAGAGGUUUUGUGGUUGUGCUUCAAAACAACAUUUAGCGUCGGUACAAAUCAUGACCCAGCAAGGACCAGCCUUCGACUCCAACUGCAUGACCCUGACGCGGUUUGUGCUGCAGGAACAGAAAAAAUAUAAGCAUGCAACUGGCGAUCUGUCUCAGCUGCUCAACUGCAUCCAGACGGCAAUCAAGGCCAUUAGUUCCGCCGUCCGGAAGGCAGGCAUCGCAAAAUUGCAAGGCAUCUCCGGUGACACUAACGUUCAGGGCGAGCAGGUGAAAAAGCUGGAUGUCCUAUCGAAUGAAAUCUUUAUCAACAUGCUGAAAUCGUCGUAUGCCACCUGCCUGCUCGUGUCGGAGGAGAACGACAACGUGAUAGAGAUCGAAACAGACAAGCGUGGCAAGUACGUCGUCUCGUUUGACCCGCUCGAUGGAUCUUCCAACAUUGACUGUCUCGUUUCGAUCGGUUCCAUCUUUGCCAUUACCAAGCAAGUGAAGGAAAAUACGGACCCUUCCGUGGAGGAUGCUCUACAGCCGGGCAAUAAGAUUGUUGCCGCUGGGUACGCGCUGUACGGUUCCGCCACGAUGAUUGUGCUUAGUCUGGGUAACGGUGUGCAUGGGUUUAUGUACGAUCCGUCGAUCGGUGAGUUUGUGUUGACCGACUACAACAUGCGCAUUCCGGAGCGGGGCAACAUUUACUCCAUCAAUGAGGGUUACGCGUCCACCUGGGACUCAUCAGUGCUUAACUACGUCCAGGACAAGAAGGAUCCGGCUAAGGGAAAGCCGUACGGAGCCCGCUACGUAGGCAGCAUGGUCGCAGACGUGCACCGAACAAUCAAAUACGGUGGUAUUUUCAUCUAUCCGGCUACGGCCGCGGCGAAGAAUGGCAAAUUGCGCCUGUUGUACGAGUGCAAUCCAAUGGCGUACCUAGUGACGCAGGCAGGAGGAAAGGCGUACGCCGGUAAGGGCAAGGAGAUACUGGACGUUGUGCCCACAUCCAUCCAUCAGCGGUCACCAAUCUAUCUCGGGUCUAAACUAGACGUCGAGGAAGCCCUUAGUUACAUCAAGUAGAUCGGCAUCUUAACCGGUUUCCCUACCAUCGUCUUAUUGCUUUCAUUUUUGUAAAAAAAAAUA